AAGACUGAAGAACAGAGUGUCCUCCCAUAGUACCCAUGAUAAGUUACAAGGUCUUGUGCUACCCAUGUCUACCUGACUUCACUCCCGCCCAAUUUGUUAUUCUUGUUCAUUGCAUUCUGCUCAACAUGCGACGUCUUAGCUCGUAUAGUCUUCCUCUCGUCCAGCGACCUAGACAGGCAGUUGCAUUUUCAAUUUCGUAGUAAGAAGUGAGUAGAACGACAGUAGAAGUACGACAGUAAUAAAAUCCUCCAAUGCAACUCCAAUUUUCAAUUUUCAGAAAUCACCUCGAAAACAAGACACGCACGCUUCGCCCAACCGCCAAUUUGAUGAAUUUCUUCUACCAAAAAUAGUGAGGAGCCGAACCGAUCGAAUAAUUGGUGAAUUACGAUGUAACAGUCAGAUAUUCACUCAACUCAUCGGAGAGAAUAAGUCCUUCAAGGCUGUGUGAUACGUACUUUCAUUUGAAUCGGAAGAACCAUGCCGCCGAAGAUGGCUGUCAAGGGCAAGGCGGCUGCCAAGCCCCCGUCGAGAAGCAGCAGUCCUCAAGCCAGUGGGAAAAAAGGCAAAAAACCCAUCUCAUCUUCACCCGGCAGCGCCAGCAUGAAGAAGGCUCCAUUACCGGUGAAAAAGAAAAACGAGAAGGCGUCUCCCAGUAGGAAGAACGCCCCGCCAAAGUCCCCCGGAAAAACAACCGCAUCAUCGUCGUCCUCGUCGUCUACAAAAGCCGCGAUGAAAAAGCAGGCGAGUCCGGGAACGCGCGGGAACCCCGGAGGAAUUUCAUCUAAGAAGAAGGACCACAACAGCAAUAAGCAACAGUCAUUGAAGGCUAUUCCGGAGGACGAAGCUGUGGACGAAAGCGAAGUUCCGGAUUUGAACGCGCAGCAGCAGAAGGCACUGAAGAAGCCGAUGAAGAAAAAAGGCGACACGACGACCGGUAGCGAGUCCGAAACCGGCGGCAAGAAACACGUGGGGACGAAGUUGCUGCCGCCCCUCGCAGAGUGCUGGUGGGAACCGAAAUCCAAGAACUGGGUGGCGCCGCAGUCCAAAGAGGAUUUGGAUGAGGAGCAGGUCGACCACUGCGUGAUGGACGCCUCCUGGGUCAUCCAGGAAGUGCCGUCCGGCCGGUCCACCUGCCGACGAUGCGGUGAGUUCAUCGAAAAGGGGCUGUACCGUGUCGGGUACCCGGUGAAAGACCGACGGGGCGACUACUGGGCCCUGUCGCAUUGGCUGCACCUCGGCUGCGCGAGCUACUCCUUUUUUCAGGACCCCAGCCUGUGCGAAACGAUCUUCGACAAGGGGAAAAAGGCGAUAGUACUACAGAUAGCUACUGCUUGCUUUUUUUUUAGGCGUUCAAUUAUUUUGUGAUGCAGAGUCGUUCAGACCGAGAGGGGAAGAAUGAAUUUGAAUUUCUAGACUUGUAUUGCAUCAGUUGUAGAUGGACCUUGUUCUUUUUCGCUACUUAUACGGAAACAUGAUGAAUAUGAUGAAACAACGUGAACGAUUUAUCAGACGAAGGACCUGUGCACGAGGGAAAUGGUGAAUUUCGCGGAACUGCCUGCGGCGGAGAAAACCAAAGCCCUUGCGGAGCUGCAACCGAAGGAAGAACAGCAGGAGGACGAGGACGAGGAGGAGGACACCGGCCCCAAGCCGACGAUGCAGGUGCAGGGGCUGACCGUUCCGCUGCUCAAGUUUCAGCAGGAAGGGCUGCACUGGCUCGUCGGAAAAGAGAACGACGAGAAGACGAAGGGCGGAAUCUUGUCGGACGAGAUGGGGAUGGGCAAGACGAUUCAGAUGAUCAGCUUGAUCCUGAAGCAGCGCAAGUCCCCCACACUGGUCGUCUGUCCGACCGCAGCGGUGUUGCAAUGGCGAAACGAGAUCCAUCGGUUCACGAACGAGAUCGAAGUGCGGGUGUACCACGGCGGCGGGAGGUCCGCGUUGCUGGAUUUCACAGCGGACGAUGUCGGGAAAAUCGUGGUAAUACUGACCACCUACCAGACUAUGGAGUACGACUACCGACAGGUCAUCAACGAGCACAAAGUGAAGUGCGAAUACUGCGGCAAGGCUUUCCUUCCCGACAAGCUGCAGUUUCACUUGACCUACUUCUGCGGCCCGGACGCGCAGAUGACCGAGGCGCAGCAGAAAACCAGCCGCAAGGAAGCGGUGGCGAAGCAGAUGAAGAUCGGGGGCAAGGAUUCCGGCAUCAACUUUGACCCGAUCCACAGUCUGCGCACCGCAACCAUGCAGGCGAACAAGGAAAUGUGGAAAAAUCUGCGGGAAAACGAGAAAAACAAAAAAGUCGGCUCUGGUGGUGCAGCCGCGUCCUCGUCUUCCAGUAGUACUAAAGCCGCAAAUGGAGGUCGGAAGUUGAUGAUAGGCGGUUACGAAACCAACAUCGACUUCGCGCCAGCAGCGAAAUCUGCGAAAACGGGGGACAAAAAGGGCGCGGGGAAAAAGAUGUUGAAUGGAAGCACGACCGGAACUACUACCGCAGCUUCUUCAUCAGGAGACAAGUCGAUGAAUAACAACAUGCCCUACCUGCCGUUUCCGAUCUCCGCGCUGCCGAAAGAAGCGCAGAACCAAAUUCUUGGCAAAUCCUCAAACCAGAAGGAAUUGGAAGACAAAGCGAUGAGUGCGUGGGAAAAAGUAAAGAGUAAGAAGAUGAAAACUGGUGGCGGCACUACAACAAAGGAGGCGAUGAAAACUAGCACAGGGACAACACCAAAUUCUUCCUCCUCGUCUACCAACACCGGUGGCGCGUCCUCCAGUUCGUCGAAUGAUAACGACAAGAAUGACAAGAGCACGAACGCUUUGGAGAGCCUGCAGGUUGUCCAGCCGAUGAAAAGAUUACGGGGCAAGACCGACAUCAUGGAAAUGUCCGACGUGACGUCGGCCGAGAUGGAGCAAGCGAAAUUGAAGAGCACGCAGAGCCAAGCGACGCAAGGCUCGCCCUCCGCGAAAAAAGCGAAAAAGAGGAAAACAAGUAUCGGAUUUGUCUCCUGCUUCUAGUUCUUUUUUGCGGGACCCUAUGCCUAAUCCUUCGAUGUGCGUUCGUUUAUGGGUCGCUUGUGCGACGAGAAAUUCCUGCAUGUCGAUAACAAAGUAAAAGAAAUCUUACUCUUUUCAAUAAACCACAGUUGUCCUCUCCACGAAAGCCGAAAAAGUUGACGGUGAGAUGUUGGCCAACCUUCUGAAGAACAAGCCGCAGUACAAGCUAGUCUUUGAACAGCGGGUGGAGAACAAGCAGACCAUUCAACUCGGCCCGAAGACUUUUUCGGUGGAGCUUCUCACGUACGCGUUGCAGGAAUACGAGAGGGAUUUCGCCGAACAGGGGAACAACUUAGCCAAGAUUUUGAUUAGCAAGCCGCAGUACGUACCCUUGUUUGAGACUCGAUUGCAGAAACAAGAGGCUUUGCAGCUGGCCGGAGCGACGUAUUCUGUCGAGCUGAUCGAGUACGCGAUGGAGCAGUUUAGACAAGACGAGGAGACGAAGAAAACUUCUUCUUCAAAAGCGAUGAAAAGUAAAAAAGCCGGUGGUGCUGCAGUUCCUUCCGUGAAGGAAGAAUUCCUAGUUGCAGACGACGAUCAGGAUGACGCGGAGGACGAGGGAGGGAAAACCUCCAAAAUGAAGGGCGUGCCCACCGCAGCGAGGAGUCGAGGUAUUAGACUGAUAGUUUUAGAUACAGCGAAAGAUAUGUUGAUACAGCAGGGGUUUUGCAUGUGCAGCUUGCUUGUUAUUUUCUGCAACCGCAUGACAAACAAGUAGACCUUCCGUAAUAAAGUACAUUCGGAAUGCAGAAGUGAACCUAUUUAAUGAUCAACUAUCUAUACAAAUCAACCUCAGGCGCCGCCGCGGCCACGGCGAACAAUAAACAAACCACAAAGGCCAAUGCAACUAACCAAGACACCAUUGAGGACGCCGCCCUGCUGUGCGAGCCCGCGGAUGACGACGCCAUCCGCGGGCCUCCGGGAGCCCAGGAGGACUUUGAUUUUACCAAGUCCCCGCUGUUCAACACGGUUUUCGAGCGCGUUAUCCUCGACGAAGCGCACCGCAUCAAGACCCGCACGACGUCCACGUGCCAAGCCGCAUUUGCGUUACAAUCCAACACGCGGUGGUGCGUGUCCGGCACGCCGUUGCAGAACCGCGUGGGGGAGUUGUUCUCUCUGGUCCGCUUCAUCCGGCUGAAACCCUUCGCCUACCUGUUCUGUCAGAAGAAGGGGUGCGAUUGCUGCCUGCUGGACUUCAAGCUGAACGUGGAAGGGGACUACAUGUGUACCAAGUGCGGGCACGGGAAGGGACAGCACCGGAACUACUUCCAGCAGCACAUCACCCUACCGUUGCAAAAAUACGGCAACAAUGUCGGACUCGGGAAGAAGGCCAUGCUGUUGCUGAAGAACGAGGUGCUCGCCCGGUCGGUGCUGAGAAGAACAAAAGAGGAGCGGAAGGCGGACUUGAACCUCCCGUCGUUGACGAUCCAGGUCAGGAGGGAUCAAAUGUCCAAGGCGGAAAAGGAUUUCUACCAGUCGAUGUACAUGCAGACCAGCACCGAGUUCAACACCUACGUGGAUAAGGGAACUUUGCUCCACAACUACGCGCACGUGUUCGAUUUGAUCAUGCGGCUGCGGCAGGCGGUCGACCAUCCGUACUUGAUUAUCCACGGGAUGGGGUCGAUCGGCCAGGCGAACAUGCCGUCCAAGUCGAACAAGAAAGAAAACGACAGUCGCAUGGUGUGCACGCUCUGUCAAGACAUCUGCCAGAAGCAGGUGAUUGCGAAGUGCGGGCACGCGUUCUGCACGGACUGCGUCACCGAAUACAUCGAAGACGCGCCGGAAAUGGAGCAGGGCGGCGUUGGCUGUCCGGCCUGCUUCGCACCACUCACGGUAGAUUUGAACCCCGCAAGUAGCAACGACGAUGACGAUGAGGACGAUGAGAACAACAAUCCGAGCCCGAGCGAGGAAGAGUCCUCCGACGGGGAAAAUAGCUCGGAAGAUGCGGGCUUGAAAUCUUCACCAGCUGAUGCAACAAACGACGAGAACAAUAAUAAGAAGCCAACUAAACCGGUGAAAAAAACCGCAAAAAAGCAAACUUUCAUCGACCAGAUCAACAUCGAGAACUUCGAAUCCAGUACGAAAAUUGAGGCUUUGGUUCACGAAAUUCAGAACAUCCCGGCCGACUCGAAGGCGCUGGUGUUUUCGCAGUUCAUCCGGUUUCUCGACCUGAUCGAGUUCCGGCUGAAGCGCGAGUGCAUCCCCUGUGCGAAACUGAACGGGUCGCAGUCGAUCCAGUCGAGAAACAACAUCAUCGCGGACUUCCACACCAACCCGAUCGGGUCGAAGGUGUUGCUCGUCUCCCUGAAGGCCGGCGGCGAGGGGUUGAAUUUGCAACGCGCGAACUACAUUUACGUGAUGGACCCCUGGUGGAAUCCGGCGGCGGAAUUGCAGGCCAUGCAGCGAGCGCACCGGAUCGGGCAGACGCGGCCCGUCAUUGCCAAGCGGUUCGUAUUGAAGGACACGAUCGAGGAAAAAAUUCUGGAGCUACAGGCGAAAAAGCAGGCUGUGUUUGACGCGACGGUCGGAAAAUCCGGGGCCGCCUGGGGAAAACUCAGUGCGGAAGACUUGAAGUAUUUGUUUACGCAAUGAAGAAAUGAACACCGAUACUGAAGAUUUUUAUAGCAUCUGACUCUUGUCAUGCUCAUGAGCAUAACCAUCCUUCCACGUUGAUCAUGUGUGCAGCUGUUUUCGAUGUUGAAUUUUAUGGCGACAAGAAAUGAUGUUAAUCCUUUCUCGCACGUCAAACUAACCUAAACAACGAAUGAAAAGUGCAAAAAGAAUAUAGGGCCCCCUUGAGCAGAUCAAGUUGAGCUUCUUUUAUGAUGCUUUGAGUCUUUGGACUUGAAGGAAGCGAAUUUUCCAUUGUCACUUAUGCAAUAAAAGCGAAAAGCUAAGCACAGAAGUUUCCGUUUCUGUUUGUGCAGAUGAUGCAAUUUCCCAUCGAAUUGCAUUUUCUUCUCCGUCUUUUAGGAAGUUGCAAAAAGAGUAUCGCAUUUUUUUCUGACCUCUCACAGUUGCUUCAGAAACCGGGACAAUAACCACCAAGUUGUGACGGUAGUACCUUGCUCUGGAGUAGUAGGAUUGAAACUAUUUGAGGCCACCCGACAACAUUUUUCGUCGUGACCUUUUUUAGUCAUUCAAAACUUCUACUCCCUAAAAGUUCUGCUUUUAGGACAAUGACGUCGACGCUCUACUAAAAAUUCCACAUCUAAAGUUCGUUCUGACUUAAUAUUUCUAGUAUUCUGUUUUCCGAACUGUAUACCCUUUUUGGCUACCAAGAAAAUCAAACCUUCCUCCUGCUGCCCACAACACCCUGUCAUCUUUCAGCGACCAUUGGGAAGAAGACCCAGCAGCAUUAGACGACAAAAUACGCGACCUUUUAUUUGGCGACUUUCCGCUUUUUCGCGACGCAAUGAAGAUAAGAAAAAAAAGUGAGGAAAUUAUAU